AUGUGGAAGGUUACCGUUGGGGCUAUCGAUACGGAUGCAAAUGAAUACCAGCGAAUCUACCGACGACUAUUCCAAGAUGCUGGGGUUCCGGUGAAAAAGGAGCUUGCAUGUAGGACAACCAAAUCCCAUCGUCGUGUCGGCUCGAUUGGAUCUGUGGGUGAUGCGCGCGUUUGGCCUGGAAAACGGCUACCCGGUCAUAUGGGAUACGAGUGGAGAAUGGUGCCCGGGAUUCAGAUUGUCCGCAUGAAUCUCGACAAACAAGUGAUCUACGUCAAGGGCAACGUUCCUGGCGAUGUCGGGGAGAAACUGCUGCUCAAGGAUUGCUUGCAAGCGGAAAGGCAUCCAAAGGAACUCUUCGUUCCCACCUGGAACUCUACCAUUACCCCAACCACCGAAGAGGGCGAACCGAUCAACAACCCGGUUUUCAAAUACAAUGAAGCCUUCAUCCCAACCCUCUUCCGUUUUGACUCGCCGAGCAUCGUCUUCACCGAAGAGCACGGCAAGAAGGGCUCGGCCCGUGACAAGACCAAGGCCAAGAUCGCCAAAGUCAAGAAA